GGUGCUGUGUUGUGUCGCCUCCAGGCUGCCAGAGAAGAAGAAGUUACGGAAGUGGAGUUCUAAACAGAUCCCGUUGGACCAGAACCAGCGCAGAUCUUCCUCCUCCCUCGAACCAUCGCACCUCGGCCGGACCGUGACUCAGCAGGACGAUGGGGACCAGAGAUGACGAGUAUGAUUAUCUGUUCAAAGUUGUCCUCAUCGGGGACUCUGGCGUGGGGAAGAGUAACCUGCUGUCCCGCUUCACCCGGAACGAGUUCAACCUGGAGAGUAAGAGCACCAUCGGCGUGGAGUUCGCCACACGCAGCAUCCAAGUGGACGGCAAGACGGUGAAGGCCCAGAUCUGGGACACGGCCGGACAGGAGCGCUACCGGGCCAUCACAUCAGCGUACUACCGCGGGGCGGUGGGCGCUCUCCUGGUCUACGACAUCGCCAAGCACCUGACCUACGAGAACGUGGAGCGCUGGCUGAAGGAGCUGAGGGACCACGCCGACAGCAACAUCGUCAUCAUGCUGGUGGGGAACAAGAGCGACCUGCGCCACCUGAGGGCGGUGCCCACCGACGAGGCCCGGGCGUUCGCUGAGAAGAACGGUUUGUCCUUCCUGGAGACGUCGGCUCUGGACUCCACCAACGUUGAGACGGCCUUCCAGACCAUUCUGACAGAGAUCUACCGUAUCGUGUCUCAGAAGCAGAUGUCCGAGCGCCAGGAGAGCGACAUGUCCCCGAGCAACAACGUGGUGAACAUCCAGGUGCAGCCCACUGAGAACAAACCAAAGAUGCAGUGCUGUCAGAACAUCUAGCCCGGCCGCGGUAGGCUGCUGCUACCCCCCCCCCCUUCCCUCCCACCCCCCCUCCCCCAGCUCCUGGCUCACCCCCCCCUCCCCUCCCUCAGAAAAUAGACUGCCUUGGUGCACCGUGAGUCGUGGAGUUCGGGUCGCGGCCUCGUCACUGUGGCUCGUCCCCCCCGCUCUGCACCUGCCUCCCCCACCCCCCCCCCCCCCUGCCCUAGGUGAAUAUAUCCCAGUAUAAGAAGAAGUAACCGCGUGGGGUGGCCCCCCCCAGCAGAGCCCUCUGUCUUUAGGUGUCUGCAGGCAGCGAGCAGUUCAUCUCACUUUAGAUUUCAUUACUGUAGAAGCGCUGACACGUCACAAAAUGUCUUAAUCUAUGAAUGUGACUCGUUUCCUUUCUGCUCCGCUUGAUUCUCCACUGUCUCCUAUCAUAUCUGAUAUUAGGUAUAUAUGACUUUAAAGCACAUCCGAGUUGCUCUUCAGUGUUUCCCUAUAUACAAGCUUCUCCUGUCAUUUUAGCCCCCCCCCCCCCUCUUUAGUGCAAUGUACUGUUUUGAAACUCGUGGAUUUAUCGGGCACAGUGUAGACGUGGGCUCUGGUAGUAUCAUGGAUCUGAUCGCUGUGAAUAUGACGCUAGUGACACGUAGAAUCUUUUGCUUUGUGGAGCUCGGGUUUGCCGGCGGCAGGUCAGAGGUCAGAGGUCAGAGGUCAGCCGGCCCUCUGCUGUGCUGCUUGUUUUUAUAAAGCUAAAGAUCUGGACUCUGAACACGACCCCUGUGCGUUGGGAUGUCCCUGUCGUCCUCCUGUCAGUCUCCGUGUGGAAGGACGUCCUGAUUGGAGACACUCGUCAGGCCGUCCUGCCCAACAGAAGAGAAUGCAUCUUCUUCACAUGACUACAACUAUGCAGAAACUAGCACAUGGAUGUUCGGAUCUUUUCCCCUUAGCGCACUUCUUUAGCAAAUGAAGGAAAGACACAGCUGAAGUAUUCUCCUUUGACAUUCCUCUGAAACUCGAUAACACUAUAGUCCAACAUCUCCAGUAGGUUAGUUCUGUUUGCAUGGAUCCACAGACGAGUGGCUGGGACGCACUGAGCACGCAGGUUGGAUUUCAUGAGCGUAAACGUGUCAAGAUCUUGCACUGAACCUUAAUAGUGGAUCUAGUAAACACGCCUCCCGGUCCCGGGUUAGAUUGACUCACAGGGAGAACAUGGACCUCGGAGGUUCCACUGUUCACGACCCAGAUGGUGUUUAGUUCUGUGGAGCUCGAGUCUCCAGAGUCUUUCCUGAAGUCUUCAGACGAAGGACUUGAGACUGAGCUGACUCUCACCAGCGUCUGGUCUCAGUGCCCCCCCCCCCCCACCGCUCGUCCCUGUCUCUCAUUCCCCCGCUACCACCCCCCCGUCAUCCUGCCUCGUCCCUGUCACGUGAAGCCUACAUACACCGAGCUGCCUCUGACUUCAACACAAUGCAUGGCUUUCUGUAUGACUGCAACUCCCAUGUUGCAUCGCCUUAUGUAUCUAACAUGUUCAUUACUGUCCAUGAACUCUGCUGCGGGCGUGGCUUGGCUGGCGAGGGGGGCGUGUCCUCCCGCCGCUCGCCACCUUCUCGUCAGAACCCCGGGAGCGUGCUCUGUUGACUCCAGGUUGUGUAGCCGUGUCCGUGUGUGAUGGUGUUAGCAGACGUAGCGAUGCCUGAGCGUGUGUGUGUAGAGGCAGAGGGCGGCCGGCAGCUCUGGAGUGUGUGAGCCGGGCCGGCAGCUCUGGGGUGUGAGAGCCGGGCCGGCUGCUCUGGGGUGUGUGAGCCGGGCCGGCUGCUCUGGGGUGUGUGAGCCGGGCCGGCAGCUCUGGGGUGUGUGAGCUGGGCCGGCUGCUCUGGGGUGUGUGAGCCGGGCCGGCUGCUCUGGGGUGUGUGAGCCGGGCCGGCAGAGCCCGUGGCGUUUCCUGAACAGGCCGAGCCGCUCCAGACUCCAGACUCCAGACUCCAGCUGCUGUGGACAAAGUGAUUCCUUUCUUCUGAAGCAGGUUCCUGAUCCUGCUUCUCGUACCUCCAUUGUUCCGUGUUUUUUUUAAGAAGUGUGUUUUGAUUAUUUCUUUUUUUUUACUAUAUUCUAUAACUGACUGUAAUUCCAGUGUAAACAUGUAAGAGUGAAAUUCUGUCAUUUCAAUGAAUCUGGAAGGUUAAAUGUGAGGGGGGUCAAAAGGAAUGGUUUUAUGUUUUGUACAGAUUGAUAAAUUGUACAAUUGUGUCUAUAUCUUAAGUUAUCAGUUCAUCUUAAUAAAGCGCACCAGUCAUAAACCUUUA